AUGGACAAGCUCGGUGUCGAGGCCAAGCAUCUGGAGCCAUCCCGGACGGUGUUCCACGGCAUCGUGCCGGGUCUCUCCUGCUCCCCCAUCAGCCAAAUCCGGCUUGACGUCCUGUUCGGCACGAGUGAUCAUUUCCGGCGUGAGCCUAUCUGGUUCGAGGUGGUGGACUUGUCCAGUGCGUACCACGUGCUGCUAGGCCGGCCUGCGCUGGCAAAGUUCAUGGCGGUUCCCCACUACGCCUACUUAAAGAUGAAGAUGCCGGGUCCCAAGGGCCUCAUCACUGUUGCCGGCGACUACAGAAAGUCCCAGGAAUUCGCCCAAGCCGGCACCAAGUUGGCUAAAUCGCUGGUCAUAGCCGAGGAGCGGCACCAGCUCGACCGGAUUGUCGCGCUGGCCGGCGAGCAGCCGACUGUGCCGGUAUCGGUCAAGGAAUCAGCUGGCGAGGCCUCAUUCCAGCCUUCCAAGGACAUCAAGAAGAUCCCGCUCAACCCGGAAGACCCCAGCUGCAGCAAGUACGUUGUUGUGGGUGCCCACCUUAGCAGCAAAUAG